AUGGCUGCCCUAUUGAAACAACCUCUUAAGCUAGCCUUAGUGCAGCUGGCUUCAGGUGCGGACAAAGCCGUUAAUCUCUCUCACGCAAGGACCAAGGUCCUUGAGGCCGCAAAAGCAGGCGCGAAGCUCAUCGUUCUCCCUGAAUGCUUUAAUUCGCCGUAUGGAACACAAUAUUUCCCUUCAUAUGCCGAGACACUACUCCCGUCGCCUCCCACAAAAGAACAAUCCCCCUCAUAUCAUGCUCUGUCGGCCAUCGCUGCGGAAGCCCAGGCAUACCUGGUAGGAGGCAGUAUACCCGAGCUGGACACCUCGACAAAGAAGUAUUACAACACUUCCCUUGUGUUCUCGCCUACAGGCUCUCUCAUUGGCACACACCGCAAGACGCACCUAUUCGAUAUCGACAUCCCCGGGAAGAUUACGUUCAAGGAAAGCGAAGUACUCUCGCCUGGAAACCAGUUGACCCUCGUCGAUCUACCAGAAUAUGGCAAGAUUGGCCUCGCCAUCUGCUACGAUAUCCGCUUCCCGGAGUCGGCAAUGAUCGCAGCGCGCAAGGGAGCUUUCGCGCUGAUUUACCCCGGUGCCUUCAAUAUGACUACUGGCCCUCUUCACUGGGCACUCCUUGGUCGCGCUCGUGCGGUUGACAACCAGAUCUAUGUUGGCUUGUGCAGCCCGGCUCGUGAUACGAACGCAACAUACCACGCUUGGGGUCACAGUGUGAUCGUCAAUCCUAACGCCGAGAUUCUGGCAGAAGCAGCCGAGACAGAGACGAUUAUCUACGCAGACUUGGACAACGAGUCUAUUCAGAACACUCGAAAGGGCAUCCCCGUCUAUACCCAGCGACGUUUUGACCUAUACCCUGAUGUGAGCGCCGAGAAAUGA